AUGAGCACACUUCUGUUCACGUCCUUUGCUCACUUCGCAGGAAAUGUUGCGACUUGGUCAGCUGAUCGAACAUCACAUGCCAAAGGAGCAUUCCUUACGAGACUUCCGUCGCCCACUUUUGUUCACUUCGAGGUAAGCGUUGCGACUCGGUCAGCUGAUCGAACAUCACAUGCCAAAGGACCAUUCAUUAGGAGACCUUUGUUCACCUCUUUUGCUCACUUCGAAAGAAACGUUGCGACUCGUUCAGCUCGUCGAACAUCACAUGGCAAAGGUACAUUUCGUACCAUAAAUCUGCUCACCACUUUUCCUUACUACGAAGCAAACGUUGCGACUCGGUCAGCUCAUCGAACAUCACAUGGCAAAGGAACAUUCAUGAUAAGACUUCUGUUCACCUGUUUUGCUCACUUCGAAGCAAACGUUGCGACUCGGUCAGCUCAUCGAACAUCACAUGGCAAAGGAACAUUCAUGAUAAGACUUCGGUUCACCUGUUUUGAUAGCUUCGAAGGAAACGUUGCGAUUCGGUCAGCUCAUUGA